CCCUCAUAUUUCUUUCUCUCUCUCUCUCUCUUAGAGCAACACCAUCUCCACUGCAAAGAGGAAGCAUGCCUGGAUGUCCAUAGAAAGGGAGAGAUUUGAUGAGAUAGUGAAGAAAAUCAAGAGGGAAACAGACCAUGCCACUUCUCUAAUGGGAAGAAGACACAUGUUAGGACCACCAGGAACCCUAAACACAAUCACUCCUUGUGCAGCUUGUAAGCUCUUGAGAAGAAGAUGUGCUCAAGAAUGUCCCUUCUCUCCAUACUUCUCUCCUCAUGAACCCCACAAGUUUGCUUCUGUUCACAAAGUCUUUGGUGCCAGCAAUGUCUCCAAGAUGCUCAUGGAGGUGCCUGAGAGCCAGAGAGCGGAUGCAGCAAACAGUUUAGUCUAUGAGGCAAAUCUAAGGCUAAGAGAUCCAGUUUACGGUUGCAUGGGAGCGAUAUCGGCUUUGCAACAGCAAGUUCAAGGAUUACAAGCAGAGCUUAAUGCAGUAAGGACUGAGAUUCUCAAGUACAAAUAUAGAGAAGCAACUAGUAUCAAUAUUAAUCCUUCUAAUCCUCAUCUAGCUUUACUUUCUUCUGGGGUUGUCUCUGUUGCUACCCCUCCUCCACCGCCUCCACCCCCGCCGCUACCUCCUCCUCCACCACCUCCUCCUUCUCUUCCUCCCACUUCCUCUUCCAACUCUUCUGCUACUUCCUUGUACACCCAACAACCAACCAGUACUGCCACAGUACACUUUGGCACUAUUUCAGAUGAAAAUGUGUCCUUCUUUGGUUAAUUUUGUUAAAUAACUAUUAAAGAGAAACCAAUUAUUUUUCUAUAUUAUGAAUCAAGUCGAAUAAUAUGAGGAAGGAAAAAAGAAAUAUUAAUAGUAGAUUUUGGGUUCUUUUGAAUCUGUAUUCAGAGUCUUGAUUAAUUUAUGAUUGAAGUACUCAUACACAUAAAUAUAUAUGUGCCUAGAUAUUAUUGUUA